GUCGCCGAAGCGCAUUCCGUUGCCCUGCCUGCCGAGGCACACGUGGUCAUCUGUGGGGGUGGAAUCAUGGGCACAUCUGUGGCCUAUCAUCUCUCUAAGAUGGGAUGGAAGGAUAUUGUCCUUUUGGAGCAGGGCAGGUAAGGAUCAAACUGGACCUGGCUUGGCUUGUGGCUCCCCUUCACUGAUUGGAUGGGCUUCCCUCAUCCCUUUUGGUAACACUGACCCACCAAUAGCUAAUCUAAAUAUUGCGAAGUGGCAUUAAGAAGAAUCACAGAAAAGUGAAAUCUCCAGUACAUUGUUUUGUGAUGCCCAAUACUCAUGCUUUUUGGUUUUCAGAGAAGUGGCAGGCUCCAGCAUAACAAGUAGCUAAGGGAUGUAUUUCUGUCAGGCUCGCAGCACAUCUUACCAUCCUGCUCUCUCUGUUGUAGUAAAACAGCAAUGAAUCCUGUGACUCGGGUGCUUCGUCUUUGAGCUGCUUUCUGCCUUAUUUCUGUUCCUCUUCAUUUAAUUAACUUAUUUUAGAACAGUUUUAGAUUUACAGAACAAUUGUGAAGCUAGUUCAGAGUCCCCAUGUACCUCACAUCCAGUUUCACCUGCUACUAACAUCUUACGUUAAGAUUCGUGUUUCAGUGAACGAGCCAAUAUUGAGACAUUAUUAUUAACUGAAGUUUCUGUUCACUAAAGAAUUCAUUCACUUUUUCCCUAGUGUCCUUUUUCUGUUCCAGGCUUUUCAUGUUCUAUUGCCUAUCACAAAUUGGACAACAUUUAAGACAUUUAAAGUGUGUUUAUUUUUGAAUAGGCAACACAUUCACAGAGUUCGAAAUUGAAAUUGUAUAAAAGAGCAUACAGGGAAAAGUCUCCUUCUGCCUGACCUUCAGCUACAGGUUUCCCUCACUGGAAGCUGGCUGCUGGCUCUACGAGGUUCUGUGCUGGCAUCCUAAGCACCGCCAGACACUUGACCAUUGAGCAGAAGAUGGCAGACUAUUCAAACAAACUCUACCAUCAAUUAGAGCAAGAAACAGGGAUCCAAACAGGUUACAUAAGGACGGGCUCGAUCUUCCUGGCACAAACUCAGGACCGGCUGAUCUCCCUGAAGCGUGUCAACUCAAGGCUGAAUGUCAUAGGCAUCCCUUCCGAGAUCAUCUCCCCCAAGAAAGUGGCCGAACUUCACCCUCUCCUCAAUGUGCACGACCUGGUGGGGGCCAUGCAUGUUCCCGAGGAUGCGGUGGUGUCCUCCGCUGAUGUGGCUCUUGCCCUGGCAAGUGCUGCCUCCCAAAAUGGUGUUCAGAUCUAUGACCGGACGAGUAUUCUUCAUGUUAUGGUCAGAAAAGGUCAAGUCACUGGUGUGGAGACAGAUAAAGGACAGAUCCAGUGCCAGUAUUUUGUCAACUGCGCUGGUCAGUGGGCAUACGAGCUGGGUCUGUCCAACGAGGAGCCGGUCAGUAUCCCGUUACAUGCCUGCGAGCACUUCUACCUUCUGACUCGCCCCCUGGAGACCCCCCUGCAGAGCAACGCACCAACUAUUGUGGACGCUGACGGAAGAAUUUAUAUUCGGAACUGGCAGGGUGGCAUCUUGUCUGGGGGCUUUGAGAAGAACCCGAAACCAAUUUUCACUGAGGGCAAGAACCAGCUGGAGAUUCAGAAUCUACAGGAAGACUGGGAUCACUUUGAGCCCCUGCUGAGUUCCCUCCUGCGUCGGAUGCCAGAACUGGAGGCUCUGGAGAUCGUGAAGUUGGUGAACUGCCCUGAGACCUUCACCCCGGACAUGAGGUGCAUCAUGGGAGAGUCUCCUUCAGUGCAGGGCUACUUUGUCCUGGCGGGAAUGAACUCUGCUGGCCUUUCGUUUGGCGGGGGAGCCGGAAAGUACCUCGCUGAAUGGAUGGUGCAUGGCUAUCCCUCAGAAAACAUCUGGGAACUGGACUUGAAGCGUUUUGGAGCCCUCCAGAGCAGCCGCACCUUUCUGCGCCACCGGGUCAUGGAAGUCAUGCCUCUGCUGUAUGACCUGAAGGUUCCCCGUUGGGACUUCCAGACCGGGAGGCAGCUACGCACGUCUCCUCUCUAUGACCGGCUGGAUGCACAAGGAGCCAGGUGGAUGGAGAAACAUGGAUUUGAGAGGCCAAAGUACUUUGUGCCACCAGACAAGGACCUCCUGGCGUUGGAGCAGAGCAAGACUUUCUAUAAGCCAGACUGGUUUGAGAUUGUGGAAUCUGAAGUCAAGUGUUGUAAGGAGGCCGUGUGUGUCAUUGACAUGUCCUCUUUCACAAAAUUUGAAAUAACAUCCACUGGGGAUCAGGCACUGGAAGUCCUACAGUACCUCUUCUCCAAUGACCUGGACGUGCCCGUGGGCCACAUCGUGCAUACGGGCAUGCUCAACCAGGGCGGCGGGUACGAGAACGACUGCAGCAUAGCUCGACUGAGCAAGCGCAGUUUCUUCAUGAUUUCUCCAACUGACCAGCAGGUCCACUGUUGGGCCUGGCUUAAGAAAUACAUGCCAGAAGACAGCAACCUGAUUCUGGAGGACGUCACCUGGAAAUAUACCGCCCUCAAUCUGAUUGGUCCUCGAGCUGUGGAUGUGCUAUCCGAGUUGUCCUAUGCACCUAUGACUCCAGACCACUUCCCAAGUCUGUUUUGCAAGGAGAUGAGCGUGGGCUAUGCAAAUGGGAUCCGGGUGAUGAGCAUGACUCACACAGGAGAGCCAGGAUUUAUGCUUUAUAUCCCCAUAGAGUACGCCCUGCACGUGUACAACGAAGUGAUGAGUGUUGGGCAGAAAUACGGAAUCCGGAAUGCUGGGUAUUACGCUCUUCGUAGUCUCCGAAUUGAGAAGUUUUUUGCUUUCUGGGGUCAGGAUUUAAACACCCUCACCACACCCCUGGAAUGUGGACGAGAGUCUCGGGUGAAGUUAGAUAAGGGGAUGGAUUUCAUUGGGCGAGACGCCCUGCUGCAACAGAAGCAGAACGGGGUGUAUAAACGUCUCACUAUGUUCAUCCUGGAUGACCACGACACAGACCUGGACCUCUGGCCUUGGUGGGGGGAGCCCAUUUACCGGAAUGGGCAGUACGUGGGCAAGACCACAAGCAGUGCCUAUGGCUACACCCUGGAGCGCCAUGUGUGCCUGGGCUUUGUGCACAAUUUUUCUGAGGACACCGGGGAAGAGCAGGUGGUGACGGCAGAUUUCAUCAACCGGGGAGAAUAUGAGAUUGACAUCGCUGGACAUCGGUUCCAGGCCAAAGCUAAGCUGUACCCCGUCCCAUCUCUCUUCACCCAUAAACGCCGGAAGGAUGACGUGGAGCUAAGUGACUUGCAGGGGAAGUAAUGCAAGGCAGUUUCGUCACCUCCCCAUCAUCUUAGGCACUUUUCUCCCCCCGAUUCCCUCCCUCUUCUUGAUUUAACCUUUGCCUCCUGCCUCUUAUCUUGAUAUAAUUUUAAGCUUUUAAACUUUUCCUUUGCAACCUCUCCUGUCCUUGCAUCUUCUCCUCCCUUUUCCAGUUUUCCCCCGACACUCUGGGGCUGGUUGUCCAGUCCCUCCACCUCAGAGGUUCCCGUGAUGACAGGGAGCAUGUUUGACAGCAGGACAGGAGCAGACUCCACUCGUGGCUGUGGGUUAUGGUGAGUCUGACUUCAGAUGCUGUGUCCUGAAGCCAGAAAGGCUGAUGGUAUGCAGGCCUCAGGGUAAGAAUCUAUCUCCGUGGGGCUAAGCUUUUCCAGAGUGAGCUGUUAAUUUGGGGGGAGGGGGGUUUACUGUGUCUGACACAGCCCUGUGGCUCUUUCUCCCAUCCCAUCGUGCUUGGGUUGGCACCCUGAUACCUCCAGCAAGAGGAGGAUCAUCUACCUCACUGAUUAGAGGCAUCACGUGGGUGUUUUCUGGGGUUAACCCUCCCAGGCCUCCCUCCCGACCCAGUUAUCAGACUGUUGGGCCAGGGCCACCUACCUAUAAUUUUCUUCAUCUCUGGCUAAUCUCUACAGUGAGGGGUGUUUUGAUUUGGUUAGCUGAGUAAACAAAUAAGACAGUGUUUGAAAGGGAAAGACCAUGUUGCCUUUUUCAUUACUUUUCGUAGCUGAAAGGGUCUGACCUCAAAGUACAGCACUGGGGAUGCUGAGUUUCCUAUUAAAACAGUGCUGCUUUUUUCUGUCAGCUACUCAAACGUUCAGUCAUCCCAUCUUGAUCCUUUUCUCCAAGUGCACGUGACGAUCAAUUCAGCCUCCCAUCCCUUCCACAGGAGGCCCACUGGCUCAGUACAUUAUCUCUCCCUUUAGAACAGGGAGGGGGAGGUAGGACAAGCAUCCUGGUUGAAUAACUAAGCCUUGUGCCCAUGCUGAGUUGAAGAGAACUACCGGGACCCCAAGUUUUGCUGCCCCUGCAUGGAACAGAUAGAUGCACACGAGAUGACCCACGCAGGUCCAUGGAGUUCCGAGUGCGGACAGUAUACAUUACCUAAGCCCGAAGUCUGCAUUCCAUCUUUUCUUUCCAGCCUCCUCUUUGGAAUAGAAAGUGACUUGGGGUACCAAGAAGCCCUGCACACUUUUAAGCAGUGUCUGUUUUCUGAGAGUGAAACUUGGAUCUCACAGAUGGGUAUCCAUCCCCACACUUAAUUUCCCCUUGCAAACUGCUGCUAGAGAUUUUAACUAAUGUAUCUUGGAUGCAUUAAUUCUAAUAGGUCAGUAAGUACAUUACAGAAGAUCCUUUUGUUAGAGCAGCUUAAAAUUCUCAGGUGUCUGCCUGCUCUGGCACUUCUCUGGGAUUCCUGUUUACCUACUUGAUCACUGAGUUUAGUGUCCACCUUCUUAGUAAGUCUUAAUUGAUUUAACAAAGUAGUGUGUGAUUAGAAAGCUGUUGGGGGACUUCACUAUUUCGGUGCAAAUGUGUGUAUAACUAGCUGAGAGAUGCUGCUUCUGGGCAAAGAGGAGAGAGGAGAGGUGCUGCCCAGCUGGAGAGCAGAGCAGUGCACGGCAGCUGUGAACUUGAGAGAGCAGGAAACGGGCACCCAGCCAAUGCAGGUGUUACCAGCAGGGAGCUGACUGACCCAAGAAGGUGGAGAAAUAAAAGUAUCAUACCCUGCACCACUCCAAAGUCAUCUUUGGAAAUGAAAAUUUGGGAUUAAAUCCAAAAGAAAUUGUAAGUUAUACGCAUAAAUUAUAUCUUGUCUGUAAAUAGGGGUCACACUCCUAAGACUAUGGCAAGAUGUUAAUCUUCUGGGGUACCAGUCGUUAAUUGAGUGCCCUGAAAUAUAUUUACCUUCUGGUACUUUACCUUGGUCCUAAAUUAUAGGGGCUAGUUCUUUCCUGCCUCAAGCACAGCUGACAAUCAAAACAUCCUCAUUUCUGUGUCAUUUCCAGCUCCUGGACAGUGGGACUGCACGUGUUUGCCUUCUGCGACAACUCACCUCUCCUCAGAGAUGCGAGGGAUUGUUGAAAGGGUGGCUGGAUUUUGAUUUUAGGUGGUUGAUACUUUCUUCUCUCUGAAAUGAUCUGUCAUCAAUGCUUGUGCUGUCUUGUCUUCUAUCUGGUCAGCAUAUUCAGUUGAAGAAUCAUUUUGAACCUAUAAACACAAAGGGCCUCAAACAGAUGGAAGACCCAAGGUUGCAAGUCUCCUGUGGGCCUUCUCCUCCCUUGAAAUAAGCCCCUAGUUACUCAGGUCAUAUGUAAAUCCCAUGGUCAUGUGAUUGACACUGAAGAUUUCCCAUCUGUGAUGAAAGCGGUAAUUCAGAAAGUUUUCAAAGUAAAAAGGGACAACACCUACCUGCUUGGAUAGCCCAUUUGAUGUCCUUUAAUUUGUGUUUCUGUCACAUAGCACUGCACAGGCAGGACCUGCUCCAGGAGACAGAAGUGAGCAAUUCCCGCGCUAAUCCUAGUGCUCCUCUCAGGAGUCCCUCUACCCCUAAAUGCGAGAGAUGCCAUUUAGCCCCAUGAUUAAACCCAGUCUCAUUUUGGCCCCGAAGUUCCCAUUCCUGCAGGAGUAGAGCCCAGUCACUUCCAUUUGAUUCUCAUCAGGAGGUGUGGCUGGAUUCUACCUCCUCAUACAGACCAAGAGUUUUACCUGUGUCCCUUCUUUACAGGGCUGUUAUUUCCAAGAAAGUAACUAAAACAUGUGGAAAAUAACUCUUCAGUUUUCUCCUUUACCCUGCCUAUGCAUGCGCUUGAGAUGCUAACCCCUCCCUAAUGCCACACUGGCAGGAUCGAACCACUAAAAAGUGGUUUUGCUUCACUGAAAAGAUGACUCACCACCUUGCUUUCUGGCUCUGUUUAUCCUCUGGCUUUUGGACACAUUUGCUGGCAUUUCAGUGAGUCUUCAUAACAUCCCUUGAGAAGCUGGGACAUAUAAAGAGGGAAUCUUCUAUGACCUAUAGUCCUGAUUCUGACCCAAACCUGUGUCCUGGGAGAACAGUUACAUUGGUUUGCUUUCAGGCGUUAGCCACAAGGUUCCUUUUUAUACCUCGUCGUUGCUUCUGGGCCAGAGUAGCCAGCAAGGAUGUCUUUAGUAUCUAAGAUAGAGGUCUCGUCCACAGUGCUUUAAUACUGAAGAAUAAACUACCGUUUCGAUUUUCUUUCUGCACAUCCCAUCCCAACACUGCCACAUUACUCACAAACUUUGAUAUAAGCAGCAUUGUCAACGUGAUGUAGAGAAAAGUUUCUCUCAAGUAACGAAUUUUCAUCUCGCACAGGUCAUUUACAGGCACACGGACUCAGGAGAAGCACACUUGAGUGUAAGAAACAGUAGAUGAAAUAGGGAUUAACCACAUCCUGCACUGAGUCUUCAGUGAGCUAGGGAUCCAUGUCCCCACCACUCUGCCCUCCACGUAAAGGUGCUGAGUUGUAAGGCUCCUUCACUAUCAUUAUGGGGCUGGCACCUGCUGUCCCUUGACACUACAAAUACACUAUUUUUCAAGAGGACUGAGUAUUUUUGUAUGUUUUUGUCUUCUAUUUGUCCAUUAAACACCAGAGUUCCUUGUAUAAGAUUCUCGACUUCUAAGCAGAACCCUUGGAGAAUUAGACAUUUCUUCAUGGGCCAUUAUUCUCAUGAUAUUUAGAUACACCUAUUUUUAUCCUUUGCAAAACUUUCUUCUUGCCUUAUUUUUCUGUCUGACAAGGACAGAAAUUACAAGAAGUGGGGAAGAUACUUUUAACAUCCUUUUCAACAGAUCUAUGCCAGAAUUUCCUUUGCACACCAAGAACUGGAGCUUGGAGCACCUCUUUUCUCCAAGCCAGAUUCUAGUGCCUUACACUCCAGGACGCCACAUGGUGGGUGGAGAUGGGAAGGAUGAGAGCAAAAGUCCCUUCAACAGCUGGGUGCGGGGGAGAAAGCUCUGCAGCUUGUUUCAUUAAAGGCUUUUCUAGCAGCACAGUUAGUAACACUUUACUCUCUGGUCAACUCCUGGGAUGUGUGAAAACACUUGUGAUUAGCGUAAAGUGCUACAACCCAUUUUUGCAUUUGUAAAUGUGCAGUUUAACUCAGCCCUGUUCCAUCCCUGUAUAGUGUCAGCAUGUGGUCUUGAGGACACUCGAAGCACUUUGGUAAAAAUGAGAUCUUUCCAAUGUGCCCUGGUGACAACAGGCACAGAAGGUGACCGAGCGUCUCUGCCCUCUGUGAAUAUGGUAUUAACAUUGUGCAGUGUUUCUAUCAAGCCAAAUGUCAAUUCAGAUUUUCUUCUCAUAUUACUAAGUUUGUAAAUGAAUAAACAGACAUUUUAACUA